CAUAAGCGAUUGCUGCGAAGCACCAGAUCAUGAAUCGUUGAGAGUUGAGACUUCAAAAGGGUGAUAGAUUUGAUAGUUACAUCAUAAUCCUCGUCACUUGUACAGCCAAGGUUGUUUUUAGUUCCUCGGCCUUGACAAAGUUGUCUUAGUCUGGUGUUAUAAUCUUCUACAGCUGCCAUUAACACUAAAAUUUUGUUUCCAGUUUGGCUUUAUCAUCCACCGUUUAUAGUAUAGUUUCAGAAAUCUUGGGAAGCUGAGGUAUAUUUUUUUUAAUUCCCUUUACCGUUGCUUUUCCUGAACUUUUUUGCAGAGUCUUUAAUGUUCUCUUUUUGGCAUUCUUAAUUGGUGAAAAAUCUGAUCUUUUGAUUAAUGGGUAUUUUGCUAAUGUGAUGGGAUUUGUAGUGUUUGCACUGAGAUUUGACUAUGGGUAAUGCUUCUUCAAUGUUAACUCAAUAUGAUAUUGAAGAUGUCCAGGAGCACUGCGACCAUCUGUUUACUCAGCAGGAAAUAGUUUCAUUGUAUGAAAGGUUCUGCCAACUUGAUAGGAAUUCAAAGGGUUUUAUCUGUGCUGACGAGUUCCUUUCGGUACCGGAGUUUGCAAUGAAUCCACUCUCUCAGAGAUUACUUAAGAUGGUGGACGGCUUGAAUUUCAAGGACUUCGUGGAAUUUUUGUCAACUUUCAGUGCAAAAGCGAGCAUGCAACAGAAAAUUGAACUUAUCUUCAAAGUAUAUGAUUCUGACUGCAAUGGGAAAGUGACCUUCGAUAACAUAAUAGAAGUGCUUCAUGAUUUAACUGGAUCAUUCAUUUCAGACAAGCAAAGAGAGGAAGUGCUUAACCAAGUUUUGCAUGAGGCUGGCUAUACAAGGGACUCCUUAUUGCUCUUGGAUGAUUUCAUCCAGAUACUGGACAACCCAGGCUUGAAGAUGGAGGUGGAAGUUCCAAUCGACUAGCUAAGCCAGCAGUUAUCUAUACUAGAAUUUAGAUGUAUCUUUGUAGAAGCACAUGCUCGUGUUAUUCUAUCUUCUUUCUUCAAUUUGGUGACCUGAGCUUUUGCUCUUCUUUUUGUCUUUCUUUCUAUGUGUUCCUUCCUUUGGGCGGUGGGGAUUGGGGCCAUCGGCGAUGUAGGUGAUGGGAUGCUGGAAAUGGGAACCGCCAUGAACGGAAACAGAGUAAGCACGUAUGUUUGUAACUGUAUUUCAGCUUAUUCAUAAGUUAUUUCGUGCUUAAUGCCAAUGUUCUCUCUUUCUGUCCAACUAUUUAUGUUUGCUUCUAUUUCUAAUCGUCGUGUUCAGACUGUUAUAUAAAAGAGAAAAGUUGAUUGGCUGUGA